AUCACAGUCCGCAACCAACGAUACCACACAACCAUGAGCAGCUCCAAUGUCCUCCUAUGCAUCGCAAACGAAAACAAUGCUCCAGUCUUCCUCUAAGAAGUCCACACAAAUCCUCGGACUCACCGCGACACGCGACGAAGCAAAGGCGCCGUUGCCAUCGAAGCGGAGGAGAGAGGCUAUAUGCGGCCUGGGAACCUUCAACAAGCCCUUCACUAUCAAGCCAUACCCGAGCUCGCCAUACGAUAAGCCUGCCACGUUCAAGCCGGUGCGCAUUAUCGGACGUGCCCAAUUUCCCCUCACCUUUCUCGACACAUCCUCGGACGACACCUUCGCCGCAAACUGCCUGUUCUCCGCCUACAUUGAUGUGCUGGAGGACGGAAAUGACGCCAAACCCAACGAUUACAUACCGCCGAGGGUGCUCAUUGCACGACACGAAUCAAAGAAGACGUUGUACGCCAUAGAACGUGUCCGCCCCCGUGUUUACAGUAUCUGCAAGAUUGCUCAGUGGCUGAAAGAAAAGGACGUCGCAGAACUGUGGGACCCCUCGAUCCUCGCGUUGUACCCCGCAAUGCCAGCAUCGGAGACCAGCAAUGUCGUGGGUGGGCAAUGGUGGCAGCACGCAAUCACGAAGACGCAGCCAGUCGAGCGGCCGCUGGAACGUGCUAGGAUAACGAUGAUGCGAUGCAAGCCCGAACCAGAACUCGUAGAAGAAGAGUCACAGAUGCGACGUGAUACUCCAAUAAUGGAGGAGACCGAAGUCAUAGAUUCUGCCCCCAACCAUCUUUUUCCAGAACCGACGAUGGAACUACCGUCUCCCCCAGACCAGCUUGAGUCAUUGCGUCAGCUGUAUUUGGAGGCAGUCUAUCUAUCGAAAACCUCUCUGGCAUACUUUGCGAAAGGACCAAUUGCACGGAUACGCAACGCUUUCACGUCACCUGAGGAAGGUGCUCCGCCAACGCACGAACUGGUAACGUUCCUGAGAUCAAUGCUUCUCAGUCCGAAAGCCAGCGAGAAGAAAUACUACGAGAAACUGCCAUCACUCAUCAAAUCGAUACCACCAGGAAGCUACUCCGACGAGGAUAUAGCUGCAAAAGGCGUCAAGACUAAAAGAUCAAAGAAAAAGAUGAAGCUUACUCGAGACGGCGUUUACCCACAAGAAGAGAUUGAGAUCAGAAAAUGGUGGAUGUCAGAGAUGCCAAACUCGGAGAACAAUGGACAGGAGACGAUAGAACAACGCAUCAAGAGGCGGAUUGGAGACAUGAGGGUGCGCGAGACACUUGCCCAAUUAACCCUCAUGCUUGAAAUCAUUGCCCUGGAAGCCCUUUCUACAUACAAGCCGCCUCCCGGAGGUUCUUUAGUGGAUGAAACUCAAACCCAGGAGGAAUCGCAAAUAAUACCAAACAAGCGCAAGAAAAAGCUAGAUGACAUCAAUUUGCAGCUAGAUCUACUACUGGAUAGGCUGUGCAUCUGGCAUGCUACUGAGGAAGCAGGCAUUUUGGACUUCGAGGCAGAUCCCUCAAAACAGAAUGGAACUGCUGAUGGGUCGGGCAAAGGCGCCGCCAACGACCGCUUACAUGGGUUCUGCGUCGAAGUUAUCAUACCAUUCUAUAUGAACCGACUCCCCGAGCAGGCGCUCAUGAUCAACAAGAAGCUCGGAGGACCCGCGCACAGCCUGCCAUCGAAACGCAAGGCAAUGAGACCGCCAGUAACGUCACGUAAAUCGGGAGAGUUGAAAGACCGGGAAAUCAAAAAGUCACGCCGAUCGUUGGCAAGGGUAGCCACUGAUACGAUAGGAAGGACUGGGGAGCGAGUAACGCCCUCUUUCAACCGAGCUGCUACCGACUCUAUCCUGGUAGAUGGAAUCAAGCGAGAAGGGAGCGAGGCGCCCUUGUCAGCCAUUCCGUUCCAUCGCAGUCCUUCAAAGGGUGCUCGGCAGUCUAUGUCGCAGCUCAAGCAUCUGCAAGGUCGCCAGAUUGACCUUACCACAACCUCUGCCGCGGCCACAGCGAAGAUGAAGCAAAAGCAGCGAGUUGAGGAAGACCUCAAAGAGGCCAUCUCUGCUUUGAAAAAGCCAAACAGAGGGCUAGCCGUUGGAGGCUACAUGGCAGAUGUCGAGCGUCGUGGUAUCAGUUCGACCGACAAGUCGAGAAAGCCGGCGAACCCUGUGAGGAAGGUUGUGAGAGAUGUCCAGGUCACUGCCACUCCUCGAGCCGGCCGCAAGACGAGGGACAUGAUCGGGCAAACACCGACUCACUACCACAGCAAUCCGUUCGUUCGACAGGUCGUAGCCGAGGCGCCUCCACCCUCGAGCGACUUUUGCGUUCCAUCCUCUGGGGUUCGCCCGCCACCCUUCAUGAUGAGCACAACCGUCCAACGCAAUACAAUAAGCCGGACUCAGCCGUACGAGGGCAUUGCAGAAACGCCUUCCAAAGCGCCGAACACAAGAACGUUUUCGUCGGGAACAGCACGCAGGAGUAUCUUCGAGACUCCAGUAAAAGGUGUGCCCUCUUCUCCAGACCGGUGGCCACCGGUCGCACCACCUGUGUUUGAAACACCUGUCAAGAGCCUCGACAAUUCGCUUCCCAUCUCAAAACUCAAUAUUCGAUCUUCUCCAGAUAUCGUUACCCCGCCUAGAGCCAUUGCGCUGCCAGAUGUAGUUGCUGGAUCGAGUCCUCCGAAAGCAGGCGAGGCUUCGAUAUACGAUGCACUGGGUUGGAACGACGACGACGAUAUGUUGUGAGGUUGGUAUUUAUUUUUGUUUUGUAUGCAUAGCGAGCUUGGAAUGGGGGUUGCAUUUGCAUUGGGUGGCGUAUGUUGCAUACUAGUUAUUCGGGUUUUGCUACGGCAAAGGCGUAACCAGGCGGCUUCGAUACGAGAACGGAACAUGUCAAAUAUUACCAACUUGUACAUGCCUCACCGGAUGUUUUCAUGGAAUAUACUGAGUGUGCACGUAGCAUGC